AUGCGCAAGGACUCUCCGCUCAACUACCUCCCCUUCAAGAACUUCAGAUGGGUGGUGGACGCGAAGGGUCCCGGCAAUCUCCAGCUGCAGACCUUCCUCUUCUACUAUUGCAAGACCUCCGGAGAAAUCUGUGAGGGAGACGGCGAGUACCCUGCCGUGGGCGAGGGCCAGUUCUCCCCUGCGUUGUGCGAGUACGGAUUCACGGGAUACAAGUAUCGCGAAUGCCACAACGGCGUGCUGGGCGAAGUGAUGACGGAGUACUGCACGUACAAGAUUCCUUCCGAUUUGGAGUACCCGAUGCGUACCGUGGAGAUCGUGAAGGACGUCAAGAUGAAGCCUAUGGUCCCGACCUACAGCGAGCUGAUCACCAGCUUCCGCAUCAACAAGGAGCUCCCGCGCGGACUGAAAUUCGACAACGUGACCGGUACGAUCUCGGGCACUCCCUUGGAGGAGACCACGCUGAGCGAGUACACGAUCGUGGGCGAGAACCCCGUGGGCGCGGUGCAGACGAUCAUCAAUCUGUCGGUGCGGAAGGGACGAUGCAUUGGCGACGGCAACUUCCCCACGACCAACGUGGACGAGGAGGCCGUGUACGACUGCGCGCUGCUGGGAAGCUUCGUCGGCACGCAGAAGCGAAUCUGCAAGCUGGGAGAGAGCGAUGGCGAGUGGAGCCGAAUCAGCGGAAUGUGCAUCUCCAUCGUCACUCUCGUUCUCAUCAUUGUGGUGGCGAUCGUCGUGUUAUUUGUCCUUAUUGUCGUCUUAAUCCGAGUCACCCGCAGGAGAAAGGCUGUGCAUGGCGUGAAGGCCACCUCGAAGACGACGACCACUCCUAAGAACAAGAACAAGGAGAAGGCCGCCAAGACGAAUAAGGUGAAAAUCUAA